AUGUCGAAUGGAAGCCCGAAGGCUGCGAAGGCCAUGGACGAGGACGUCGUCCAGGCGAUGAAGGCAAGCGACGACGAAGGUCCGCGGAAGAAGACCCUGAACGACGAGGCGCCAAAGACGACGGCUCCGGAGGCCCGGCGCAAGUCAAUGAUCCCGAAGCGCGGUCCUCCGGGCGCUACGGCGUCGCCCAGCACGUCCGGCAAGGAAGAUGGACCGAAGCCGUGGAAGAAGCCAGCUGCAAAAGGCGCCGGAGCUAGCUCUGCAACGACAUCUGGGAAGGAAGACGGUCCGAAACCCUGGAAGAAGAAGCCCGCAAGAGGACCAACCGAGUCUCCCGCCAUGUCCGAGGCCGACGAUGUUGUCGUUGUUGCCAAGAAGCCGGUGGAAAAAGCUGCUACGACAGAGUCUCCUGCGGCCUCGGGCAAGGAAGACGGCCCGAAACCAUGGAAAAAGAAGGCAGCAGGACCACCGACCGACGCCGAGGCCGCCGAUGUCGUUGUCGCAGCCAAGAAGCCUGUAGCGAAGGCUGCUCCGACGGAGUCUUCUGCGGCCUCGGGUGAGGUAGAAGACCCGAAACCUUGGAAGAAACCCGGUACGAAGGGUGCAACGGCGGACGCUCCAAUGUCCGAGACGGACGACGUCGUUCAAGUGGCCAAGAAGCCCAAUACAAAGCCAGCAACCACCGACUCGCCGGCAACGUCUGGUAAAGAAGACAGCAAGAAACCGUGGAAGAAGCCCCCGACCAAGAAGCUUGCGUCGGAGCCGCCGACCGCCGACGUAGAUGCCCCAAAAGACCAGAGUAGUAGUGCCAACAGCGGCGACGUGACGGUGCUGGCGCCAAAGAAGAAAACUCCAGCUACGGAGGCACUUGGAGAGCAAGCGUCUGCAAGAGCAACAGUCGAGUCCAGCGUCGUGGCUGCAGAUGCCAAACCACCAAAAGAAAGAAGCGCCCAAGCCCCCGAGGUGUCUGUCGUGGUAGCAAAGGACGCGUCGGCGCGCACAAAGCUAGAAAAUAGCCUAAACGGUGACGACAUGAGCACAUCCAGUCCUGGCAACAGCGCGGUGCCGGUGCAAGGAGGGGAUGCAAGUCGUCCGACCACGUCUGCAGCCGUACGGGCCAGCCCCGAUCCCGCAGCCGCUGGGAGGGAUGCAACGGUGCCAACCACGGCACCCGUAGCCACCGCAAUUGCCGUGGCGACAUCACCCAAGAAGUCACCAUCGAGGAAGAAGAAGGCGACCGCAUCGCCAGCCAAGUCCAAGGCGUCACCCUCCAAGAAGCAGGCCAGUUCGAUGCGCGAUGACGCUCCAAAACGCCGCCCGCCGCGAAAAGCCGCGCCGCGACCACCGCCGUCCAAUGGCUCGAGCACCGACGACGGUGACGCGUCCCUGCGGCAGCCGAUUCCAAAGCCGUUUCGGGCCUCUGUACCCCGCUCCAAGCGAAAAAGUGGCUCCGAGCUCUGGCUGGAGCGCGAGAAAGCUUUCGAGCAUUUUCGGUCGGAGAACAUCGUCAUGCCUGUGCCUGAAGGACCCGUCGCGCCGACGCGCGUGAGCAAAACGUCGGCGUACUGCAUCGAUUUGCAUAUGGUCAAAAACUGGCCGCUCACGGAGAAGCUCCAGCAAGCAAGGCUCGAGUACGGCCUUCAAGUGACCUUCUUUCACUCGGUGACGCGGCGCUUCUUUGGCAACACGUGGCGCAGUCCCGAAGUGUCUGCGAACGCGCUCGCUGACGUGAGCUUCCAAAUGAGCGUCUGCUUUCUCACAGACGUCGUUGACCCCAACUGCGUCGCCAUCGUUGAACUCAUUGCGCACGAGAAGAGCACGAGCUCGGCCUCGCUCACGGCCACGUCGCACGGCUGCGGCUGGUGCAUCCUCCCGCUCUUUGGCCAAAAGAUGCUGCCAACAACGACCGAGGCGCAGUCGGUCAACAUCUUUAUGGGCAGUCCGCGCAACCUCUGGGUUGUCGCUCAGGCCGAGUGGCAGGGACAGGCUAAAGUACCGGGUGGCAAAUUUCUGUACCACAUCCGGCCGUACGACCCGCUUCUCAAAGCGUAUGCGCUGGUGCGGAAGAACGAGAUGAUCUCAGGAAUCGACCGCGUCCCGGGGUUGAAAGAUUUGUCACUGGUGGGUAUUUUGCCCUCUAAAUUGGACCUCUCGCGCGUCAAGCUUCCGCGCGAGAUCUGCACGGCCGAAGAGUUUGCCGUCACUGUCGCCACGUCCAGCGUCUUUGUCCAUUUACGGGAAAACCUCGAGCGCAACCUCGUUGCGCGCCUCGCCAAGACGCGACGCGCCUUGUACCCGAUCGUGGAGAGCAUGGACGGCGUCGUCACGUCCCGUGUGCUCAAGGUCGCGCUGCACAACGGUCGGUGCUUUCGCACGCGCCAGCACACGGUGCCGCUCAAGGCCGAGAACGGGUCGAAUACGCUCUCGGCGGUCCAGCACAGCGUCAAGCUCAAGGGCUACACGCUGAGCUCGUUGGUCGCGAUCGUACUUGUGCUGCAAUUCACCGUGCAGUUCCGCCUCGUGUGGCCCAAGAACGCAAAACCCAAGAGUGAGAAGGAGCCGCUGCCGACCGAAGACGUUGUCGUCGUGACCAUGGGCGCGCGGGCCAUUGUACCCAGCGACGGUAAAAAAUUCUACUACCACGACAAGAGCACGCCGACGCUACAAGAGACGAAUCAAGCCGACGAUCUCAUGCUGCACAUUGAGCUCAAGAGCGGGACGUAUGCGCGGCCGUACUCGGACAACGUCUUGUACACGUCACCGUCGUGGCCCAAUAGCGUCAAAGAAGGCAAGCUGGAAGAGACCUUUGCGUCCGUGGACGUCGAAGUGCUCGUCGAAGGCGCGUCCCUAAGCUCGUCGGACGAAGAGGACAACGCUGACGCAUCCGAGAACGAAGUCGAGAAACCCGAUACGUGGGCCGACGACCUUGUCGACAAGGCGGCGCGGGAUGCGGCGCUCUCACAAGCGCUCCAAACGACCAUGAACCCGACACCAAAGGCCGCACGACCCCUGUACGACCAACACGUGGGCGUCGAGCCGCAUUUGACAACCAUUGUGUCGGACGACGUGGCGCCAGCGCACGAGCUCAGCCGCGCGUCCAAGGCACUUUUGACACGCCAUGGUAUGUACGACGAUGGCGCACCGACGUCGCCACACGGCCAGCCGGUGCGAGCGCCGAAACUCACAACGUCGAUUGCGGACGAGCUCGCCGACAAUCUCAAUUUGCUCGAAAUUCAGUUUCAGUUUGCCGCCUUCCGCCCGGCCGCCGAUCGACCCGUGCCCAUGUCGGUCCACUUUGUGUUUCAGUUUUAUACGUUUGAACCAACGAAAACGGACCGUCUCGUCCUCGCGGCAACGCACAGCGCGGCAACGUACCUCCUCUGCCGCCAGGACGGCGCCAAAACCAAGCCGGCCCAAGCCCUCGCGUUUACAGUGCACACAACACGGCACUCGAUGCUUGAGCCGAGGGCGUUUGCCGAGUACCUCCAACGCAAAUCUCUGAUCGUCGACGUCUACGAUGGCGACAGUCUGCUUCCGCUGGGUGCGAUGUCGAUCCCGCUAAACGCGCUUCUGCGCCAGGGACAAAAAGUCAAGAAGCACCAUGCCGAGUAUCCGGUGCAGACGCUGCCGACAGAAGACUGCGUCGUCAAAGCCACGAUCGGGUCCGUACAAGUGCUCAUGAGUAACUUUGCGUCAGCCUCGACGCCGUGCCCGCGCAACCUUGUCGUGCCCAACGCUAUGGACAGCGACAUCAACUGGCGGCUCGCGGCGGGCGCUAUAGGCGACAGUGUGCCCGGGGAGCCGCGGCACCGAGUACGCGCGCGGCCGCUUGCCGACUCGAACCAAGAACUACGCGAGCUUCUCAUCAAGGAGCAGUUUUAUGCACCGACGGGGAGCACCAAGGCAACGUCUCGGCGCCCAGCGACGUCCAGCGACGGGGCGUCGCUGACGCGCGACGAGCUCGACUUGCUCUGUACUCGCUUUGCAACGCAGGCGACACGAACCAACCGGCUCGACGCAAACGCACUGCUGGCGCUCAUCUCGUUGCAGCCAUCCAUGAAGCCGCAUUCGAACGCGUCGCGCCGUGCUGACACGCAGCAGUUUCUCGACCAGCUCCGUGCUGUCUUUCUGCAGGCCCAUGCCCAAGGCCUUCGCUUCAAGAGCAUGUUUGAGUUUCUGGAUGCCAACGGUGACGGGUUUGUGACACCGGCCGAGUUUGUCAAGGGCCUUCGGCAGCUCGGACCGCUCUUUGCGUCGCUGCCGUCAGCGGCCGUCCAAGCUUGUGUGUCUUACUUUGACACGAACGGCGACGGGCUCGUCAACUACAAGGAAUUUCUCACGUUUGUGCACCAAGCGUGCUGUAUCGACCUCCGGGACGAGCUGCGGCAAGUGAUUCUGCGCGGCCUCGAGAAAGGCCUCGAUGUGCCGUCGAUCUUUCGGCAUUUGGACGCGUCGGGCGACGGGACACUCUCGUACGUCGAAUUUGAGACGGCGCUCGCCCAGCUCAGCUUUCAAGUGUCGGACCGACCAAUGUUUGAGACAUUUUGCAAGCAACUCGAUGCCGAUGGCGACGGUAGCAUCUCGUACAUGGAAUUUAUCACGUCCAUGGGGCUCGUGCUGCAAGCCCAGGACGCCCUCGUGUCGAUUCUACAGCAAAUUCUUCAGCGCACGGUGGCCAACAACAUUGAUGUUGGAGACCUCUUCCACCACGUGGAUACGGACGGGUCGGGCACGGUCUCGUACGACGAGCUCCGAGCGCUCAUCCGAGAAAUGGACGUCAACACACAGCUGAGCGACGCCCUGCUCCAAGAACUGAUAGGUCGCAUCGACAAGGAUAAGAGCGGAACGAUCGAAGUCGCCGAGUUCAUGGCGUUUGUGGGCCUCGCGUACGACCCCGCGGUCACGGUCCAGCGCCGCCUCGAGCGCAUCUUGACCAAAGCGGCGGCCGCCGGAGUCAGUGUCGCCGAUGCGUUUCGUCAAUUCGAUAAGGACCACAGCGGUAGCGUCACGCCCAAAGAGUUUCAAGCCGCGUUGGCGAGUCUUCAGUGCCCCAUCUCGGAUGGCGACCUCAAGCGCGUGAUGCGCAAGCUGGAUGGCGACGGCGACGGGUCCGUCUCGUACAAGGAGCUACUCUUCUUUUGCUUUGGCGACCAGUCGGCCGCGAUUGUUGCCUCCCCGAUUGAAGCCCAGCUCAAGGUGCUCUUUGACGCGGCGGCGGCCAAGGGCCUGGACCUCCUGCAGUGCUUUGCGCAUUUCGACAAGGACGGCAGCAACCACGUGUCGGCGUCCGAGUUUGCGUCGGCGCUCACCGAAUUGGGAUUUGACGGACUCGAGCACGACGUCAUCGCUGCGAUCGUGACGCACCUCGACAAGGAUGGCGACGGACAAAUUGCCCUUAAUGAGUUUGUCGCGCUAGCGACGCCGCGGACCCAGCGAACGAUGCGAGAAAACAACCGACCGCACAGGCGGCUCCGGACGAUGCUGACCAAGGCGAUGGCCAGCGGCAUCGACGUCCACGGCGCCUUUGCGCAUUUUGACGUAGCGCACACAGGUGCCGUCUCGUACGCCGACUUUGAGACGGCACUGCGGCAGCUCGGCGGCACGCACAAGUGGAGCGCGGCCGACAUGGCCGACAUUCUGUCGCAUUUGGAUGCAGACAAGUCGCAGACCAUCUCGCUGCAUGAGUUUGGAACGUUUCUCGGCAAGACCGUGUCGCUGGAGACGCGCUUUCGGUCGCUCAUCGCCAAAGCCACGGGCGAAGGCGUGCCAUUGGACCAAUCGUUCGCCCAUUUCGACUCGGCCGGUCAUGGGUUUUUAACGCCCGCCAUGUUCCACGAUGGUCUGGUCCGACUCAACUUUGGCGACGCAAAUGGCGACGAGGCUGGCCGACUCUUUGCUGCCAUGAACGCGAGCCAAACGGGCGAGGUGACGUUGGCCGAGUUUAAGGCGUUUUUAGGCGGCGCGUCCGAUGCAGGCCCGGCCGUAAUCCCGCUACCACCGAUGGAGAAGCUACGCGAGCUCUUUGGUCGGGCGAGCGCAAAAGGCGUCGACGUGCAGCACGCUUUUGCCCAUUUCGACAAGGACGGCAACGGCUCGAUAAGCCACGCAGAAUUCGACCAAGCGAUUGCAGAGCUUGGGUUUACAUCGCUCAGCGCUGCCGACGUCGCCAGCAUCCGAGCCACCCUUGACAAGGACAAUAGUGGGUCCAUCUCGCUGGCUGAGUUCAAAGUUGUGUACCCGCCAGGAGCAACAACGUCGGACGUUGCACAGCCGUCAACGACCAGCGUGUCCCCACUGGACGCGCUGCAAACGCUCUUGUGCAAGGCCCAAGCUCAAGGCGUCGACAUUGCAGCAUCCUUUGGUCACUUUGACAAGGACGGGAACGGCCAAAUCUCCCACGCAGAGUUCGACAGCGCCAUGUCCGAGCUCGGGUUCACAGCGUUCAGUGCCUCGGACCUUGCGGCCAUUCGGCGUCACCUGGACAAGGACAGCAGCGGGUCGAUUUCGAUUGCAGAAUUCAAGUCCCUCUACGGUGCCUCGACAACCCCCGAGUCGUCGCCCUUGGAGAAGCUUCAGACGCUACUGCGUCGCGCGCAAGCGCAAGGCGUCGAUGCGGCAAUGUCGUUUGCCCACUUUGACAAGGACGGAGACGGCGGUAUUACGUACGCUGAAUUCGCGCCCGCGCUGCGUGAGCUGGGCUUUACCGAUUUGACAGCCAGCGACAUCGACCAGCUACAGAAGGCCCUCGACAAAGACGGCAGUGGCAUCAUCACCCUCGCUGAGUUUUCAAAGCUGUACGCACCGACACCGCUCGACGCUCUCAAAGCGCUUUUGGCCCGUGCCAGCGACCAAGGCAUUCGAAUUGAUGAGGCGUUUGCCCAUUUCGACACUGACGGUGACGGCGUCCUCACAAACGAAGAGUUCACCUCCGGCCUUCAGAGCCUUGGCUUGGGCCCGCUCUCGGAUGGCGACAUCAAGGGCAUCCUCGUCGCGCUGGACAAGGACGGCAGUGGCUCGAUCGCGCUGAACGAGUUUCGCGCCUUGUAUCCUGCAAAGCCGUCAGCUCGAACGCCGCCAAGCAAGCCGUCGUCGGCGCGCCGCGUGACAGCGACGUCGGAUCUUGCAACAUUGCUACAACCGGUGCAGACCAAGGCCAUCGAAGCGCUCAGCGCAGUGCACGCAGAGAGCGUACCUCAAGCGGCCUUUGAGUCCGUCCUCUUGUCUCUGGGCGUUGAAGGUGUCACAACAGAGCUCUUGGUGGCGGCAGGUGCAAUGCUCGGGCCCUCUGGUAUCAUUAUGGUUGCGGAUUUCCGCAACCUCUGGGGUCUCGAUGAGAACGCCAAGACGUCGGCACGAUCGGAAGCGUCUUCGCCAACUGCCGCAAAUCCCGCUGUUGCCAAGUUUAGGCGCGGGAUCGAAGUGGCGACAGCCCGAGGCGUCGACAUACGUCGGGUCUUUACUGCUUUGGACGUCGACAACACGGGGUCGCUCGCAUAUGCGGAGCUCGACACGGGCCUGCUUGAGCUCGAAAUGAACGACAUGACGAACGACGACGUGAUGGCGUUUCGAGCGGCGCUGGAUCCGUCUCAGUCAGGACGCAUUUCACUUGCGGCACUAUGGAGCUCCGACGCUACCGUUGUGCAGCAAGCACAGGCCGUCGCAGCCCCCCUAGCUGCUAAAACAAUCGACGCCAUCAAGCAGCUGCUUUUGCAGGCCAAAGAAAGCGGUGUCAACAUCGACAAUGCGUUUGCUGCCUACGACAAGGAAGGCAGCGGCGCGAUAUCGCGGGCGGACUUUGAUGCGGGGUUGCAAACCCUCGCCCUCACCGACUUGACACCGGAUGACGCCGUGCUGCUUGGCAACCACGUAGAGAAGGACGGAUCGAUCUCGCUUGUCGAGCUCAAGAAACUGGCGAUGACCGUCAAGGAGCCGCCACCAGCCGUCGCAGCGCUCUCGAACUUACUUCUGAGAGCCCUGGCGGAAGGUAUCGACGUUGGACAGGCGUUCAAUCAUUUCGACAAGGACAGCAAUGGCAAGAUCACGCUCGCAGAGUUUGACCAAGGCAUAUCUGCGCUGGGCUUGGACAAGCAGCUCAGCAGCGACGACAUUGCGCAGAUCCGGACGUGGCUCGACGCCGACGGCAGCGGUGCGAUUGUGUUGAGCGAGUUCCAAGCGCUCUAUACCACGACUGUACAGCAAGCAAAGCCGACAACGCGCUCCGAAGUUGUUUCACCCACCACCGCCCAGCCAGGCGGUGUGCAGAAGAGCCAGUCGAUUCCACGACUCAACUUGGCCAAGGCCAAACCUGCGCUCGAAAAACAAACAUCCGACCCAGUCCUUGCAUCGGCCAAGCAGGCCACGCCAACGCCAACGGCAUCGGCGACGCGGCCCGCACCGCAGCAAAAAAAGUCCACGGCUACACUGGCGCCGGCAUCUUUUGAACCAAAAGACAUCAAACGAACCAUUUCAACACCAAAGCCUGGUCCGGCACCCGAGAUUUCUGGCAAGCCGAUGACGACAGAGACGGGUGCCUCCAAGCCGCCACCAGUGACAUCGAUGGAACGUAGCAGUGAGAUACCAAGGUGCAAGGACCAACCCACAGCGAGCGUCGAGUACCGGUUCAGUGCCGAGCCCAAUGUGCGCCUCGUGGAAAUGAAGCUGCGGAAAGCAGCCAUUGCGGCGGCGGCCCGUGGUGUCCGCGCGCCGGCUCUCUUGACCAAGUACGCAGAGGGCAAGAGUGACGAGAUUCUACGCGUUCGCUUCGUCGAGUUUCUCAUGGAGCUCGGGCUCUCGCUGGUCGACGAUCUCGGGUCCGCGGGGUAUGUCGCGGACGCGCCAUCGCUCAUGCACGACAAGGUGUACGCGCGGCAGCUCGAGCGUCUCCGCAUGUACAAGCGGCAGCAACAGCAGCAGACGACCCGCGCCCAGCGUGACCUGGUCGACGCCGCGUCGCUUGCCAACCACGGCCGUCAGCACGACGUCGCCUCUGGCCGCGCGACUGUCGACGCCUACUUGGCGCAGAAGCACAAGAUGCUUCAAAUCGUCCAGUACUACCGCGACGGCCACAAGAAGGCUCUGAUUCAAGCGCUGUUGAAAGAUCACGUGACGACGACGGUGCACAUUUAUGCGAUGUUUGGCUCGAUGCUCUUCUUGGAGCUCCCCGUCCGCAACCCGUACGGGCACGCAGAGCGCUUCCGCAUCGAGUGGGCCGACGCCGAGCUCCAAUUGGUGACGGACGCGGCCGAGUGGUCCUACUACCGCGAUCACGUCCCCCGUGCCGUGGACAUUCCUAACGCACCGAGCACACCUGUCGAGCGCGACAUGGUCGACAGCCUCCACGAGCUGCUCCUUGACGGCGGUGACUACGUCGCGCUGCCCUUUCGCUUUCUCUCGCUCGCACUGCGAUCGCACGAGCGCACGAUCCCGAUAUCGAUCAAAAGCGUUGCUCACGGGCAUACGAUCGCCGUGAUCCAGCUGCACGUGCACGCCGCGCCCUGUGUCGUGCACCGAACGUAUCGAUUCCAGCACUUUUCGCUUGCGAUUUUGCGGCGCUGUCUCAAGUGGGUGCCGCCGGCGACCAAUGACGACAGCGACAACAAUCGAGCCGAGUUGGGCGUGGAGAAAUUCGUCAUGUGCCCCGAUGCCAAUGUGGUCGUCGAGACGCGGCCCAUUGAGCGGCCCUACGCGCCGCAAGAGAUUUACAUUAAGUACCGCGUCGGGGACUACCCGAGUCUCGGCGUCUUCUACUUGCUUUUGUACGACGACAUGUACCACGCGCGCCUCCACGAGAUCUGGCGCAUCCAGAUUCAGUCCAUGAUGCGACUCGACUUGCACGCCACGAUGGGCCAAGGCGUGCAGAACGAACUCAUCAUCAAAGGCGACGCGAUGCCACGACGCGUCUCGUGCUUCAGCUCGCACCCCAACGAGCUCCAGUUUAACCCAAGUGGCAUCUUCCAGCUCAUUCCGCAUGCGUUCAACCGCAUUGAGGUGCGGUUUGCGACCAUGCAAGUAUGCGCCAAGCAGAUUGUCGUUCACGUCGUUGACGUGGAUAGCCGCGAUCUUGUCGGGGCGUGGCUCCUCAACACAACAGUGAGCGAGCCGGUCGUGACCAAGGUCUUUGACGUGACGCUCCCAACGGGCGUGCCCGUUCUCAAGAAAAUAUCUUAUCGGAAUCCGUGGGACGAAGACCGGAACUUUGUUUUGCGGAGCAACGACGCUAGCAUCAUGAAGCCGCGCGAGCCUCGGCUGCAGCUCCGUGGGAACGGCGACGGGUACCUUCGACUGGCGUUCGCACCGCACUCGCUGCCGUGCUCCAAGAAGGUCUACCUCUUCAUCAACGACCACCAGGACCAAAACGAAGAGUGUCUUCUCUUCCACCUCACGUGGUCCGACUCCGUCUCCAGUACCAUGUAG